CAGGCGGAAGUUUUUCCGGCCACUCGGAGGCUGGUCCCUCGUUGGGAAUCAGACCCCGGCCGGGCGCUGGUCUGGCGCCUCCUCCCUCGGGUGUGGCCUCUCCAGGGGAAAGCUGCAGGUUCGGGGCUCCUCCGGCGCUUUAGGAUCAGCCUGCGCGGGUUGCCGGCACGACUCCCAGCCUCCGGCUCUUUGCGCGAGAGCUCGCGGGGGACCCAAAGCCAGCCGAAUUGGACCCCAAAAGGGAAACCGAGGGAGUUCGCUUGCUCAGCUUGGGAACCAGGCGGACGGAGACACCGCAAAAAAGGCUUCUUGAACCUGCUGUGGGUCUACUCCGCGGAGGCACCGCCAUGUCCCAGAGGCAUUCGUUCCCCUCCGUGGGGGACAAGACCGUGCUCCUCGAGCAGCGCUUUAGCUCAGAUUUGCACCUCCGGGCCAAUGGCGUAUCCCCGCAUGGGAAAUGUAGCUCCUUGGGCACGCUGGACAGCCCAUCCUUUGGACCCGAGGGCUCGCCGCCUCCCGCCGUGCCUCGCCGGAUCAUCCUCAGCACGGAAAGCCCGGCCGCCCUCAAGCUCGGCACCCAGCAGGUCAUUCCGAAGGGCCUAGCCGAGGGUCCCAAGGCGAAGCCCCCUGCCCGGCACCAGAGCUUCACGGCCACUGUCCUGAGCAAGGAAGGGGUCUGGUGUGACCCAAAGCGCCUGUCAGCUCCCAGCAUUUCUUUCGACGACCUGGAGGAGGAGGAUUUGGACAGCGGGACCCUGAAGCGAAACCUGCGGAGCAUGUCCUACCGGGCUGCCAUGAAGGGCCUCAGCCAGGGCGAGGAGCCACCGAAGGCAACCAGCAGCCUGAAGCCAGUUUCUGGUGACGCCGUUGCCCAAGGGGCUCGUAGUCCCGGGAGGAACAAGAGAACCUUGGGUCGGAAACGCAUGCAUCGGCAUGGGGGUUCAUUCAAAGAUGAUCCCCGACUGUAUCAAGAGAUCCAUGAAAAAGGCCUCAAUGCCAUCAGCCAUGAGUCAGAUGAUGAUCUCCUGGACAUGGAUACCAUCCCUGAGGAACCUCCUAACUCCGACUCGGUCAUUGUGGUGAAGAACUAUCGGCCAGCUCACCUCACUUGGAGCCAACUUCCCGAGGUCCAGGAGGCGGGAAUCCUGGAGCGAAUCUCCCCAGAGGAACGCAAGAGGCAAGAGGCAAUAUUUGAGAUUAUCACCUCGCAGUAUUCCUACAUGCGGAGUCUGGAGAUCCUGGUCACCCACUUCUUCAAAUCGGAAGAGCUGAAGGAGACCAUGACUCAAACAGAUCACCAUCACCUCUUCUCCAACAUUGCGGACAUCUGGGCGGUUAGUAAAAGCUUUUUUGAAGACUUGGAGAAGAGGCAUCAAGAAAACGUCCUGAUCCCGGACAUCAGCGACAUUGUGGAGACUCACGCGACCAACCGUUUUAAUCCGUACGUCAUCUACUGUUCCAACGAGGUCUAUCAGCAGAGGACGCUUCAGAAGCUCUUAGCAACAACUCCUGCCUUUAAGGAGACCUUGAAGCACAUUGAGCAGAAACCGGAGUGUGGGAGCCUUCCUCUGAUCUCCUUCCUCAUCCUCCCCAUGCAGAGGGUGACACGCCUGCCUCUCCUCAUGGAUACGGUCUGUCAGAAAACGCGGAUGACCUCUCCAGCCUACGAAGCUUCCACGCAGGCUCUGAAGGCCCUCAGCAAGCUCGUAAAGAGGUGCAACGAGGGUGCCCACACCAUGGAAAGGACGGAGCAGAUGUACAUGCUGCAAAAGCACCUGGAGUUUGGAAAGAUCAAGAACUUCCCACUCAUCUCUGCUUCCCGCUGGCUGCUGAAAAGAGGAGAACUCUGCCUCCCCCUGGUGGAAGACGGGGGAAUUUUUCGGAAGGGCUCCGGACGAGGAAGCUGUUACCUCUUCGUGUUCAAUGACGUCCUCAUUAUCACCAGGAAAAAAAAUGAGGAGAGCUACACAGUCCUCAACUAUGCCAUGUUGGAUCAGCUGACUGUGGAGAAAAUUGAGAACCCCGACGUCCCCUCUUCGCCCCCCGGCAAGCCGGGUUCGAGCGGCGCCUUCCGGAGCGGCCACUUGUUCCGGGUGGUCAUGAACAAGGACAGCGAAGGCAAACGGGAGGCUAUAGUGCUGGCCACAGAAACCCUGAGCGACCGUGCUCGCUGGAUCACUGCCUUGAUGCACAGGGAGGAAAAGUCAGUGGAUACUGGAAACAAAGGAGACCUCAAGCAAGUGGAGAUUACCCGGGCUUACAUGGCCAAGCAGACGGAUGAGAUUUCCCUCCAGCAGAGUGACGUUGUGCUGGUUCUGGCUAGCGAAGGGGGCUGGUACUUGGGAGAGCGGCUGCGUGAUGGGGAAAAAGGGUGGUUCCCUCAAACCUGUGCCCAGGAGAUCACCAACCGCUCUACUGUAGAGCGCAACGUACAGCGCAUGGAGCGGCUGCGUAUAGAAACGGAUGUGUAAACCGGUUCGUACCCAAUAUGAGUCUGCCGAGAGUACUUUUGGAAUCAAAAGCCACUCAAGUCAUAAGGAACCAGAAACCUAGAAGCUGCUGCAGCUGGCGCUCCUCAGGUUCCUCCUAGUUUUAAAAGUGGACUCCCAGUUCUGUCGUUUUAAAUAAGUGGCUUGUAAGGGAGCCAUCGAUGGAAGAGACAAAAAAAACUUUGUGCACUUUCCCAAAGGAGGAGUAUGCAAAGUGCAGCCUCUAAACCACAUCACUCCUUGGAAGAUGGUUAGCUGUGGAGCCGAAGGGGAGGUGGAUGUGUGAAUCGGGUUUGUGGUAUAUUUGAUGGCCUGUGGUCUCAGUGGUGGUAUCUUUCAUUUCUUUAUUGCCAGUUUCUA